AUGCCCAUUAAUUCAAAUUUCAUGGCUGGAAAAGCCCUUCAACUCUUUUCUCAACUUCAAUCCACUGUCGCGAGAUGUCGCUUUGUCCUUUUACACUUUCCUACUAGUCAGUGGGCAAAGCUCUGCGGUGAGAUCACUUCUCAGCUCGAAAUUCUCCUCAAUACUGCCAGUUCGACUCUGUCUUCUCUGGAAGAUGAGGAUGAUCGCAGUUUGAUCCUGAUGCUUGUUGCUGUGUCGCCUUCAGAUGCUACACGACCACGUCAACUCAUCAAUGGCUUGGCUGCUCAACAGACCUGUCGAAUAUGGCAUCCACGGCUAAAUGGCCAUUGCCUACCACGGUGUCUGCAGGACGAUAUGGUUUCAGAGGCAUCUGGAGACGCCCUGUCGAAUAAACCCUUUAGACCGUCUCUGGCCUUUUUGCAUGUACAAUCUGAAAAUGCUCGUGAAUUUGAACUCUAUCGCCAGGUCCUGAAUGGAGAUAUGAGUUCGUGGUUCUUAAGUUAUUCGCCUGAUUACGCACUGACAACCAAUCGGACGGGGACAGUGGAGAGUCGGUGUUCUCAGGGCGAUGAUUGUGAAAUGUGUCGACACCGCCAUAGGGAAUUUCAGCACAAUAGUCUUCCAAAUAGGCAAUCCCACCAAUUAUCGAUAACGAGAGUUCCUUCGAGUGAAUUCUUUCAUCGAUAUUCUCCGAUAUUGGCUACAAACUACCGUGUAUCUCAGCAACACAAACACAGCGCUUGCUGUGCAGCUACAAUGGCUGGAUUCAGCGAUGAGGACUACGUGGAUGCCAGUUUCCAAUUUCCUGAGAUCAUAACCUCCAUUGCUUCGGUGCCAGCAGUUACUUCUCCUCUCCCUCCUGCACACUUUUCUGCUCUCUCUUCGACUCAAGGCAGUGGCGAAAGAGAGGAGAAAUUGUCUGAACACUACGAGGAAUUCAGAGAACUCUUCCACGAAGCCGUCAAUCAAAAGGGAAUUGAUCCCAUCACUCGACAAAAUCGUCCACACAGACCCCAAGCACCGACCUUGGUCUUUUCUUCUUCCCCACCAAUCAUCUUUCCACCAUCCCCAGCCAGUCGUCCGGCUCCCUCUUCGCCAUCUUCUCCAGCUACGCCUUCCACAGCUUCCAUAGCUAGUUUAACGCUCUCUUCACUCAUCACAUCCUACACUUCCUCAUCUACCGAUCGAGGAGUUAUUGAUUUUCGUCCACAGCGGGGCCUUUUUCGCUCGUGUUCGGACACCCCACCAACAUCGCCUGAGAAGAUUGUAGAAGUGGCGUCCACCUUCACACCGAUUCCUGACAAAUUGGCGGUCAGAAGAAUGGGAUAUGCUGUGGAAACUCCUCAAGAGGAUGCGUAUGAGCCUGUCUACGAGGAACCGAUCCAAUUAGAGUGUCAAAGCGUUAAAUGCGCAUCACCGUCUUUGAGUCCAUAUAAAUGGAAGGUGGGCUCAUCAAUUCACUCUGGUUACCCAACUUCUACGCUACCACAAUAUCGAUCGGGUCUAGGAUGGACGCCGUCAACAGGUAGAGGGGUUUGUUUGCCGACAAAUCAACGUACUGAAGCACUGAGAUCGGAGAUUGUAGAGAUUAUGAAUGGACCUUCCGAUGUUUCAACGAUUUCUGCUUCUGUUGCAGCAGCUGGAAUUGGUCGCAGAUCAAUACCGACACUCAUUGAUUCACGUCGAAAGAACACAUCAAGCAAUGGUCAUAUCUUCUCCCCAUCACUAACCGAGCCAAUUUACUAUGAACCUACACCCCCGUCAACACCUCUUUGUCCAGGGACACCAUUAGGAGAUGCAGUUGUCGAAGAGCUGACUGAGAAAAGUGGGAACAGUGGGUCAAAACACUCGAAUAAAAUUUUUGGUGGUCUGAAAUCAGCAUUCAAGCGUCGUGGUUCUCUCUUCCGCUCCAACAAUCGCAAAAGUAAUGCCAAACACUAA